AUGUGGGCACAUUCGAUGACAGUUCAAGAUUACCAGGAUCUCAUUGAUAGAGGAUGGCGAAGAAGUGGAAAGUACGUCUACAAACCUAUCAUGAAUCAAACGUGUUGUCCUCAAUACACAAUAAGGUGCCAAGCUUUGCGUUUUCAGACCUCCAAAUCUCACAAGAAAGUUCUGAAGAAAAUGUUGAAAUUUCUUUCCAAAGGAGACGUGUCGAAAGUAGUGAGUGAAGAAGAGCCGAUGGAUUCCCAUAUAGAAGAUGUGGUCGCGUGUGAUUUUGCCUACAGAGGUGAAUCUCACGUCAGUCAGUCUGAACUGACUCCCUUGAGUGCGGAUCCCACAGAGAGUGUGGAAAAUGAAGAUAAGGGCACAGGAGAAACAGAAGAAGAGGUGAAUGAGCAGAAGGUGGAGUCGGGUUCUCUUCAGAUAUGUGCAGAUAAAGACACGCCAGUCCCCGGAGGACCGUCACAUUCGGCUAAAGUUGUUCACGCACCACCUAAGCCAGGGAAAGGGGCUGACCUGAGCAAGCCACCAUGUCGAAAAGCAAAGGACAUCCGGAAAGAGAGGAAACUGCAGAAGCUCCUUCAGAACCAGAAGUGCACGCUUGAAGGUGCUCAACUUCAAGCAGGAGAUCAAGUUUUCCUCUUGCAAAACUCUAAACCUAAACCAAACCAACCUAAAACCAUCGAAGACUUUGUUUUUGUCUCUUUACCCGCUGAUGCACCACACAAAUUAGAGGUGAGGGUGGUGAGAUCAUCUCCACCAAGUUCCCAGUUCAAAGCCACAUUUCAGGAGUCUUACCAGGUCUAUAAGCGUUACCAGAUGGUUGUUCACAAGGACCCACCUGAUAAACCAACUAUAAAUCAGGUGAGGUUAGUACCUGUCUCCUUUGAAGACCCCCAGUUCAAAUCAUCCUUCAACCAGUCAGCCACUUUAUUUGCCAAGUAUCAGAUGGCCAUACACAAGGAUACACCUUCUGACUGUGGCGAAAAUGAG